UAUAAUUUCGUAUUUUCACUUUGUAAAUAUAAAAACAUAUAUUAUAACAAUACUCAGAUGAAUAUUCGAUUAAUAAAAAAUGCGAAGAUUACAUUGUUUUUCAAUUCGAUUCUGAUUGAAACACAAAAAUUGUAUGAUGAGAAAUGUUUCUAUUUGGUAAUAUGUAACGAGCAUAAAGAGGACUUUAAAUAUGAAACAUAUAUAAAGUUUGAUGAACUAAUUACACAAUGCAAGGAUUAUGAUGCAUAUAAAGCAUCAAGUGAACCAAAAGAAGAUAAUGAAUGUAAAUGUGCUCGGAAAUCUUCAAAUUCUUAUUAA